UUUUUCCGAUAAAUUCAUUUAGUUUUCUCAUCAUAUUCUCUCAUACAUCAAACAACUCCUCUCUCUUUAAUUUUCUCAACUCUUUCGAUCUUUUACCUCUUAACCUAAUUAGCAAUGGCAGCAUCAACCUCUUCUUCAUCUUCUUCCAAGAAGAUAAUCCUUAGGAGUUCUGAUAAAGAGACUUUCAACGUCGACGAAAAGGCAGCAAUGCUUUCUCAAACCAUCAAGAACAUGAUCGAAGACCUUGGUGAUAGCACCGAUCCAAUUCCGCUACAUAAUGUUACCUCUAAAAUUCUCUCUAAGGUAAUCGAGUAUUGUAACAAACACGCUGUUGCCGAUAACUCCGUAGCUGUAAUGUCUGAUGAUGAACUCAAGCAAUGGGAUAAGGACUUCCUCAAUGUCAACCAAAACACCCUAUUUGAUCUUAUUCUUGCUGCAAACUACAUGGAUAUUAAGGGAUUGCUUGAUUUAACUUGUCAAUGUGUGGCCGAUAUGAUUAAAGGAAAAUCACCGGAAGAGAUAAGGAAGCACUUCAACAUCGUGAAUGAUUAUACACCCGAAGAAGAGGAAGAAGUUCGAAGGGAGAAUCAAUGGGCAUUCGAGUGAUAGAUUGGAAAUUACUAGAAUAACUCCAUCAUUAUAUUUCGUUCUUUUUAUUUCA